AUGGCACGCAUUGCGCAGUCUCAGCUGGACGAAGCAAGCGCCUACGGCUCCAGCCCUCCUUCAUCACCAGACUCAUCCUCUGAUAAGGAAAAUCGUCGCCAAAGUGUCAACAAGCGAUCGACUGCCCGGAUGCUAUCCCGAAAUCAACUGUCCAAGCGUCGUCGCUUGACUGAUCGCGCGUCAAAUAUUCAGUCGCAAGCAUUUUCGCAACGGAAAUGCAAGCGUUUCUACGAUCCUGAUCAGCCUGAAGAAGAGCGAAGACGCCUCCGGAAGAACUACAGAGAUCUUACCACUGAUUUCAAUGACUCCCGCACCGAGUAUAUGCGGCCUGGAAACGAUGGCAUUUUUAAAACACUAGAAACCGCGAAUAACCUUUACACGCAAGUCAAGCAGACCUCGGAUGCCACUAUCGACUCGCGCCUCCUCGUCAACGCCGCCGACCUCACCCAUAAGAAAACCGCGCAGCUGGCGCUUGGAGAUGCAUCGGCGGGUAUUGAUGUGGAUGAAUUUGUUUCCAAAUGUAUCUCAUAUAUGCGACGUGGACCGGAAUUGGCCGAUGGGAGCACUCAACAGCGACAACGACCCCGUCAAACGCAGAGAGACCCGAAUGACAGUGACGACGGAGAUUCCGGCGACGCAAUGAAUUGGGAUUGGCUUGGUCGCAUGGCUUGUCUCCAUCAUAAUUCCCGACCCGCUGUGUCUGGAUUCUUGCUAGGCCCGCUGUCAGUGCAGAAGCGCUCUCGGCAAAAUACCCAGCGGGCUGGACGUGAGCAAUUUAAUUCCACGCAGGCUGUUCAGCCCCAGGAGCUCAGGCAGGAGGACCUUGGUCAGCAAGCGAAUGCGAACUUGACAGAAACUUGCAAAAUGAUCCAGGUUUUGCUCAACAAAACCAUCGACAACAUCGAGCAUGAGGUCAACGGGAUUUUGACCGAAGAGGGGGAACCUACCGAGGAAAGGGUGCUGGAGGUGAUGUAUGAGCAUCAUACGUCUCCGACUGGAGGCGUUUGCCUUUUUAAAUUUUGCAUCAACCCCCAGUCCUUCGGCCAAAGUGUUGAGAACCUUUUCUAUGUCAGCUUCCUGAUCCGUGAUGGUCAUGCUGGAGUUUCCAUGUCCGCUCGCGGAACUCCAACUCUUCAUAGUGCGGAACCGUACCCGCCACAUGAGGCCCAAGCGAAGCGCAUUCAGAAGCACCAGGCCAUCUUCAGCCUGGAUUUCGAAACCUGGGCCGAUAUCAUUAAGGAGUUCAACAUCGACGAAUGCAUUAUUCCCCAUCGUGAGGAUACUGAGGAGGGCACCGGCCAGACUUGGUAUGGCUCCUAG